AGUAGUCACGGUUUAGGAACAUGUAUGCAUUCAUUGAUUUUCAUUCAGGAUGCUUGUUGAAAAUACUUAUUGAAAAUCUUCAUCUGCGUAGACGGCAAAGCUUUGUCAUAGAAUUGACUCGAAUACACAAUAUUAAUGACACAAUAAUUACACAAAUACGAACACAACACCACAUAGAGACAACGCCAUGUUUCCCUAUCUGAGGAGUCAGGGUCAACGUUUUAACCUCCAACUUCUGCAGGAGGCCGCUUACCGUGAGCUUGUACAACACCUGGACCGGAUCGAGGGUUCAAUAAUCAUCGUGCUUGAUGAGGCAAUGAUUGGGCCGUUCGAGCUUGUAACGAAGCCAAAACUCUUUAGUGAGCGAACCAUUAGGAGUGUAGCUCUCAAGCCGGACUUGGUCUUGCCCAAUGAUAUCAGAAACAUCGUCUACAUUCUGCGACCGAGGAUCUCGCUUAUGGAUCAACUGGUGGGUCACGUCAAAUCUAAUGAUCAAGUCGGUCGGCGCCAGUUCCAUAUUCUUUUUGCGCCACGACGAUCUUGCCUAUGCGUUAACCAGCUGCAGAACAAAGGCGUGAUCAGCAGUUUCGGUUGCAUUGAUGAGCUGUCCUGGAGCUUUCUUCCGCUAGAUGCGGAUGUGGUGACAAUGGAGAUACCUAAUGCCUAUCGCGACGUAAGCAUCGAUGGCGACACAAGCUCUCUGUACCAGGUUGCUAUUGGUCUCGUUCAGUUGCAGCGUCUUUAUGGCCGCAUUCCAAAGAUCUACGGAAAGGGUGCCCAGGCUCAACGCGUUUGGGAUCACGCCAAACAUCUGGGAAUAGAGGAGAAGUCGGUAUACAAUGGCGACAAAGGCGCCAUCGAUCAGUUGAUACUGCUGGAUAGGGGCAUCGACCUGCUCAGCCCCUUGGCCACACAGCUUACUUAUGAGGGCCUCAUCGACGAGUUCUACGGCAUUCGGCAAAACAAGCUUACCCUCCCAGCCGAGUUUUUUCCCUCAGAUAAGACAGCAGAUGGCCGUAAACCUGAUGAACACUUUCCCGAGACUUCGAAAAUGAAAACCAUCUUGGUGCACUCUGGGGAGCAGCUGUAUGCGGAGCUGCGUAACAAAAACUUCAACGAAGUAACCAAACUGCUUGCCCGCAAAGCCAGGGAGAUCCACACCCAGAUGCACGCCACGUCACAGGACAAGACCGUACAGGAGAUCAAGAGUUUCGUGGAGAACGUGUUACCCCAGCUGAUGGCCCAGAAGAAGUCCACCUCAGAGCAUACGGCCAUAGCCGGCCUUAUCCACGAACAGGUGAAUGCCGCCACCUUCACAGACGAUCUGGCUGCUGAACAAGAGUUCAUGGUCUGCGCCGACAUUGACAAGCCCAGUGCGUACAUCGAGGAUAAAAUAGCCAGUAAGGCCGAUAUACGCAACGUGAUGCGCCUUAUUUGCUUGCAGUGUGCCGCCGCCUCCGGUUUCAAGGAUAAGCUGCUCAUCCACUACAAACGUGAGGUUGCCCAGGUCUAUGGUCUUGAAAAAUUACUCAGCUUCAGUAACCUAGAGAUGGCCGGCCUACUACACCCGCAGACAGAUUCACGGGCAUAUGCUGUACUAAGAAAGACGCUACAUCUAACCGUGGAGGAUAAUGUCGAGGUAGAUCCGAAGGACAUAAGCUAUGUGCAUAGCUUCUAUGCUCCGCUGACCGCUCGCCUGGUGGAACUUUCUUUAAAGCCGCUUGGCUGGCAGACACUGAAGAGUCAGAUUAACAAUCUGCAUGGGCCGACCUUUGAGGACUUUCAAGCGCAACUAAUCGGAAUAGGCGGUCGGCAUGCAGGCUCCACAGUCAGUGAGGGCUCGCUGCUGCAUGUUCCGCGAGUUGUACUGGUCUGCUUCGUAGGAGGAUGCACGUUCGCGGAGAUUGCUGCCCUGCGGUUUUUAGCCGACCAGGAGGAUAACAAUGUGGACUUUCUGAUCGCAACCACCAAUAUCAUUAACAAGAACACAUUUCUUGAUAGCCUGAUAAGCGCCUGAACGCGACGCUUCAAGUUAUCGUGCAUGACCACUUAUCGACUAUGUUUGGAUACAUGCAUGACCAAUACGCAACCGGACCCUUAAAAAUAAGCUUUUAAUGUAGUUAAAAAUUUUUAUUAGUUUUCCUUAGGUUUCGAUAUAUUUUUCGUUUAUGACGCCUAUUCAUACAUUAUAUUUAUAAUAAAUUGAAAUGCAUCAAAAUAAGUA